UUUCCGCAGCCCCGGGGGCGGUAGCAGCGGCAGCGGGGCCGAUGGUGGCGGCGCGGCGGCAGCAGCGGCGGCGGCGCUGGGGGGUGCCGGUGCUGCUGCUGGUCUACGUGGGCUAUGUGGGGCUGGGCGCCGGCGUGCUGCAGGCGCUGGAGCGGCCGGCCGAGGUGCAGGCGGCCCAACACCUGCUCCAGCAGCACUGGGAGCUGCUCGCCAACCACACCUGCCUCCGGGGGCCUGCCCUGCAGCAGCUCAUCGAGGGUAUCAUCCAAGCCUACAAGAGUGGCAUAACCCUCCGGGGAAACACCACUAGCCUGGGCAGGUGGGACUUCAGUGGGUCUUUCUUCUUCUCCGUCUCUGCAAUAACAACCAUUGGCUAUGGGAACCUGAGCCCCAGCACUGCCGCUGGUCGAAUCUUCUGCAUCUUGUUUGCGCUCUUUGGGAUCCCCUUGAACCUUGUCCUUCUGAACGAAAUUGGGCAGCUGAUGCUGUUGGGGGUUCAGCAUUGCGCCCAUUGCCUGGAGGAGGUGUUUCACUGGCAGAAAAAAGCUUCCCUCCUGAUUAAGACCUGUGCACUGGUAACUGGCUUGUUGUUGUUCCUUCUGCUGCCUCCCUUGUUGUUCUCUGACAAAGAAGGCUGGUCUUAUGAAGAAGGCUUCUACUAUUCCUUCAUUACCCUCAGCACUAUAGGGUUUGGAGAUUAUGUGAUUGGGAUGAACCCAGACCGCACCUAUCCAGGCUGGUACAAGAAUGUAAUCUCUCUGUGGAUCCUCUUUGGGAUGGCCUGGCUAGCACUGGUUAUCAAAUUUUGCAUCAACUUUCUAGAGAGCUCCAGUGACUUCUGUCAGUGCAACAAGAAGAGCACAGACAUGGCAGAAGACUUAAUGGAUGACAACAAAAAUAGCAUGGCGGGACUUCAUGAUGUGGAGAUCUGCAAUGAUAAAGACACAAAACCAAAAGGACCAGAUGAAUCUCACACCCACACAGCUCCUACAGAAGCACUCUAGGGAAGAAACAUACCCUCAGUGUCUCUUAGGUUUUACUGCACCAGAGAUGCACCGCUUAGAAAUGUGGGAAUGGACCUGCCCUGACGUUCACAUGGGGCGAAAGCUUGCUUAUUGAGCUGAAAUGCUUCUGUUCUGAAUUGAGCAAUGACAACAAAAUGUUUUAUUUGCAGCACCACCAAGAAUUAGCAACGGGAUUCUCAGCAAAAGUAGAUUUACAGAGAUAUUACCCUCCCACCUCAACGUAUGAGGUAAACUUUGACAUCCGUACACAGCACCAGCUGUUGUCCUUUUCUUUGCGUGCAAAGUUCUUGUGGCUUCUAAUUGUAUGUAUGGCAUUUUGCAAAUACCACAACUAGAAAAGCAAGUGCCAUUUAAUGCAGGAAAGAAAUUGCAUGUUGUUAAAAGACUUAAUGAAAAGCACUAUUUCAAGCCACCUGGCAGUCACCGCAGAUGUGCUCCAUCACCUAGAUGCUUGUGCUUGCCAAAGGUGGUAACAUGUUUUUGCUCUCUGAUCAUUAGUACAUGGAUGGCAAUGAGGCAGAGCUUGUAGAGGUGCCUAAUAGAAACAGAUAAUUCAAUUUUUUAAAAGAAAUUUCUACAUCACAGGUCCACUAAUAGGCUAUUCCUUACUCCAGAACUUCUGUAGGAUCAUCCUUUGUAAAGUACUAUGUAGACCGAAUGUCAGCAGCUAAAUGUGACAUUCGUUUAGGUUUUUAUUUUGCCAUAUCCUGGAAGCCAGAAAAGGAGAACUAGAGGCAGUUUUAAGUGCCAGUGGUUCCAACAUUAUCCUGUGGCCAAUGUUAAUAAGGGCUGCUUUAACCUAGAAACAGACUGCCGUAUCUUCAACUGUGAUCAAGAGAUGCUGUUCUGAUCAACUUCUCAUGUCAUAAGUGAAUAGUGUAUCUGUUUUGGCUAACAUCUUUUAUAUAAACACAACUGUCUUUUGAUCUGUGGAAUGCCAGACCUGCUUAUUUUGGCCUUUGUGUCAAUCAUGAAACGGAACUGGUUUUUUUAUUAAUUCCAUUAAAUUCUCUGAAACCUUUUGAUAAAUUACACCAUUUAUUAAAGGCCCAACAGAGUCUAACUCCUGCUGCCAUUAUAUACCCAUAUCUAAUCUUCUCAUUUUCUUAUUCCUAUUAUGCUACUUGCAUCCCAGAGCAUUAACUUUGAAAACUUGACCAUAGCAGUACACCAGAACAAAGCAUUUGGGUGAGCCUUCAGCUUCUGCAUUGGACCAAGAUUCCAUGUGGACAGUGGAGAAAAGACUGAAAACAGAGUCUGUUGGAGUACAGGACUCAAAUGCAUGAUUUCACAGAAAUGCAGUGAGUGAAAAGUUUACAGUCUUCAGGAACACAAGUUCUGGAACAUGUAUUGUGAAAAAAGUAUUUCCAGAGUAGGCCAGUCUGAGUGUUGAUAUCUGGUGGAACCGAUUACAGGAGAAAAUGCAGGAAAGGAAUAUGCUGGAUGAAAUAUAGUCUGUUAACCUUUUGUCAGCCUUUUUGUCAUUGGCCUUUGGCCGACUCCAUAGUAAUAAAAGUUCUCUCAAAUACUGUUUCAAUGGGCAGCAGAGACAAGGAAGGAGGUAGCGGAAAUCUCAGGUCAUACCUGAGAAACUGAUGCAAAAUAAAUACAUUUCAAUUUUUUGUACACUGCAAAAUUUCUUUAACAGCCUUUAGCAUAAACUUUUCUGUUUCUUCUGUGUUUUAUCUUGUUUAUUUUCACUGAUGGAUACACAAUGUAAGUUUUACUGAUGUUCGUAAUGGGCUGGCCUACAACAAGACCAAAGUGUAUUUCUUUAAACAUAAGUGAAUCAUAAUUCCACAGCAUAAAAUGUGAUACCCUGUUAUGCGUAUCCUUUGCACCUUCUUUCAGGUGCAAAACUUAAUAAAUAUAACUGUAUCGUAAAAUCUGGAUGCCCAGAAAGUAGUAGGAAUUUAUACUGUCAAAACAUGGGAAUGACUAGGCUAAGUCUAUCUCAACUUCCACUUGAAAUGUUGCGCGUUCUGGGAAUUUCUACUAGCUCUGCUCUUUGAUGAGAAGGCUUAGCUUGAGAAGAGUUUCUUUUUUUCAGUUUGAAAGUCUAUUAUAUUAAUCACAUCUAAUUCGUAUUCCCAUGUAUUUGUAGUUUGUGGAUGAGGUUUUUCAAAAGUGCCUUAGAGGUGCCUUGCUGAAGUGCAAGCACAGUUGCGUGCUUUAGGACAGCUAAUAUACACUUCU